GGGCGGAGCCCCGGCGGGCGGAGGGGACCGGCUCGCAUGGGGGAGUCCAUCCCGCUGGCCGCCCCGGUGCCGGUGGAGCAGGCGGUGCUGGAGACCUUCUUCUCGCACCUGGGCAUCUUCUCGUACGACAAGGCCAAGGACAAUGUGGAGAAGGAGCGGGAGGCCAACAAGAGCGCGGGGGGCAGCUGGCUGGCGCUGUUGGCCGCCCUGGCCCACCUGGCCGCUGCCGAGAAGGCCUAUCACAGCCUUACCUACCUGGGGCAGAAACUAGGUGGGCAGUCCUUUUUCAGCAGAAAGGAUUCCAUCCGGACCAUUUACACCUCACUGCACAAUGAGUUGAAGAAGGUGGUAGUGACUGGCCGUGGUGCUGCAGGGGGGACUGUUCCUCACUUGGAAGAGCUCCUGUCCCAUUUGUCCGAGCAGCUCUGUUUCUUUGUUCAGGCUCGAGUGGAAAUUGCUGACUUCUAUGAGAAGAUGUACACCCUCAGCACUCAGAAGUUCAUAAACUCCGAAGAGCUAGUCAGUCUUUUGGAGUCCAUCCUGAAAAAAUACAGCUCCAGAUUUCACCACCCAAUUCUCAGCCCUUUGGAGAGCAGUUUCCAGCUGGAAGUUGAUGUCCUGGCCCAUCUCUUAAAGUCCCAGGCUCAGAUCUCCGAGUGGAAGUUCCUCCCAUCCCUGGUCAACUUGCACAGCGCCCACACCAAGCUGCAGACGUGGGGCCAGAUCUUUGAAAAGCAGCGGGAGACUAAGAAGCAUCUGUUCGGAGGGCAGUCUCAGAAGGCUGUCCAGCCCCCGCACCUCUUCCUUUGGUUGAUGAAACUCAAGAACAUGCUCCUGGCCAAGUUUAGCUUUUAUUUUCAUGAAGCCCUGAGCCGACAAACAACAGCUUCGGAAAUGAAGGCGCUGACUGCGAAAGCCAAUCCUGACCUUUUUGGGAAGAUCUCUAGCUUUAUUAGGAAGUAUGAUGCUGCCAACGUGUCUUUAAUCUUUGACAACAGAGGCUCUGAGAGCUUCCAGGGGCAUGGUUACCAUCACCCUCAUUCCUAUCGAGAGGCCCCAAAGGGAGUGGAUCAGUACCCAGCUGUGGUAUCCCUGCCCAGUGACAGGCCUGUCAUGCACUGGCCCAAUGUCAUCAUGAUCAUGACUGAUCGGACCUCUGACCUGAACACCUUGGAGAAAAUUGUCCACUUCUACGAUGACAAAGUCCAGAGCACCUACUUCCUGACCCGCCCAGAGCCUCACUUUACCAUUGUUGUCAUUUUUGAGUCUAAGAAAUCAGAAAAAGAUUCCCAUUUCCUCUCCUUCCUCAAUGAACUCUCACAUGCCCUUAAAAACCCCAAAGUAUUUGCAGGCCUGAAACCUGGAUCCAAAGGGUAGUAGGCUUAUUAGAGUGACAGUUUCUCAAGGCUGAUUAACAAGACUGCUGUAAUUUUUGGUGAUUCAGGUCACAUCCGUUGAUGAUUCUUUAAAAGCUAAAUUAAAGAAAAAUUGUCAUGACA